CUACACCAUGCCUCAAGCCAAAACAACACAGCCACUAUGUACUUUCCGCUCUAUCACAUCAUUCACAUGUACAAAAUAAGUUUAAAUAACCCCUGACCGGAAGCGUCCGCAGGGCAGUGUACCAACAAUCGCAAAUUACUCGUUCAUUGAUGUAGAAAUUAUAUUGCGUGCAUACCCUGUUCGCCCAAUUAAACGGCAAUUGACUACGAAAUGGCGGAUUGGCUGCCUAACGGGCGGGUCGCGCCAGCCAAUGAGGAGUCAGCACGCCCCCGCAAUAGCGAUGUGCCAUUCGACGCCGUGGAGAUCGAGCAAGGCCACGAUGAAGUGGCCCCGCCCCCACCAGUUAGCGAUACACCAGCCAGACCGAACACGGUUGCAACGCCGCCGCAGACAGGCAGUAAACGGGGUUUAUUGGGUCUUCUAGACAAAUAUCGCCGUCUCGGACUAACCGGACCCUUGGUGUUCGCGAUUUUAGCAGCGGCGUUUGGAUCGUCUUUCUUGUUUGGUUAUAAUAUCGGAGUUAUCAAUGUUCCACAGACGUUGGUUGGGAAAUGGAUCCGCGAUGUCAAAUGCAGCCGGCUGGACAACCAGACCGCGCCGGUCGCCGACAUCGAGAGAUGGUGCGCCCCCAUUUUACCGGACACUCCGCAGGAAGAGAACAUGUUCAAGGACAACACGGAGCUGAACACCAUAUGGUCCACGGUAACGUCCAUCUUCUGUGCCGGUGGUCUGAUUGGAGCACUGUCCAGUGGAUUUUUCGUUUCCAGAUUUGGCCGGAAGGGUACACUGAUGAUGAAUCUCGUUACGGGAUUUCUGGCUGCCGCUCUGCUGGGAUUCCCCAAAUUGGCCUACUCCUUCGAGAUGCUGAUUAUCGGACGAUUUGUUACCGGUCUCAAUUCAGGCAUUAAUUCCGGCGUGCCACCGAUGUAUUUCACGGAAAUCUCACCGGCGUCGCUGCGUGGCGCUGUCGGCAGUAUUCAUCAGCUGUUUAUCACCAUUGCCAUUUGGGUGUCGCAGAUUCUCGGUCUCCCCUUCAUCCUGGGAACGUCAUGGGGAUGGCCAUGGCUCUUUGGACUGUCGGUCGUACCGUGCAUUUACCAGUUGCUGACGCUGCCGUUCUGCCCCGAAAGCCCGAAGUAUUUGUACCUGGACAAAGGCGAUGAAGUCGGCGCCCAGAAAGCAUUGGUGCGUCUUCGCAAGAGCGAUAACGUCGCGGACGAGAUGGAUGAAAUGCGCAUUGAGCACGAAAAGGCCAAGAGCGAAGCCAAGGUGACCGUGCGGGAUCUGUUUGCCAAUCCUUUCCUGCGCAAAUGCACCAUUAUCGCCAUGAUGCUGAUGGUUAUGCAGCAGUUCUCCGGGAUUAACGCGGUGAUGUUUUACUCGACAUCCAUCUUCAAAGAUUGCGGGAUGAGCGGCAACAGUGCCCUGUACGCCACCAUCGGUAUGGGCGGGAUCAACGUGCUGAUGACGGUGAUCUCGGUGAUUUUGGUGGAGAAAGCUGGACGUCGCACGCUGUUGUUGGUGGGAUUUGCGGGGAUGGCCGUGGUGACGAUUCUGCUCAGUGUCUUCAUGCUUUUGCACGCGGCCGGCAAAUGCGGCGGGCAGAAAUUGACGGUCGAGGAGUGCAAGGGCGUGGAGAAUAUGUACCCGUGGGCGGCCUACGCCAGUAUGGUGUGUGUUAUGCUCUUCGUGGUCAUGUUCGCGACCGGACCUGGCUCGAUUCCGUGGUUUUUGGUGACGGAACUGUUCACGCAAGGUCCGCGCGCCGCGGCCACGAGUAUUGCGGUGGGCGUCAACUGGUUGUGCAACUUGAUCGUUGCGCUGUCGUUCCCAUUCAUUCAGUCGGCUAUCGGUGAAUACACAUUCAUCGUCUUCGCCGUUCUUCUCGUGCUCUUCGUGGCGUACACAUGGUUCAAAGUGCCGGAAACCAAAGGCAAAACUAUCGAGGAGAUCCAGGCCGAAUUACGGCAAACUCUGUAAACAAUUACCGCCGUGCAUCGGCGAUGUUUGUAUCCUUUCUUCCCCAAAAAUUCCCCUUUCAUGCUGUAAAAGACUCCCCGUAUUUGGAAUAUUAUACUCGCUUUUGUAACCACUUUGAAUGGCCAGGCAAGAGCACCCGUACUGUAGAGAUUUUACGUAAUUUAUUUAUUUUUACCGUUUACCUCCAUGUUUGUGUUCGGCUGUGCUGUAUGUACGUUGCUGCUGUUUGGCUUUUCUUAUGUUUUAGUUAGUAUGGUGCUUUUUCUGGCGUUUUUUUGGCGUUUGAUGGGGUUGUGCAAUGCGGAGAGAUGCGAUAUGUCAUGUGGUGAUGUGAACCCUGGUAGUGUUUUUCUUGUACUGUACUGGGUAGGGUAGGGGUUGAAGGUAACUGUUUAUUUUGUUAUUUUCAAUAAAUUAGCGAAACUUG